AACGCGAACUGAGCGCGGUUUUGGAUUUCGCGGAGGAGGACUAAUGCGAAUGACAGCCCGUAGUUCCCCGGCUGCUGCGCCGUUGCCGAGACACCGACAGGGAGAAGGAGACCGGGGCCAGGGCGAGGAGCCACGUUUGAGGGAUGGAGAUAGGAACCGAAAUCAGUCGCAAGAUCAGAGUCCUUGAUUAACAAGAGGAUUUAUCUAUCUCUGCCUUAAAGACAUUCAAUGACUCGACCUUCACAGACUUUUGUGGCAAUGGGUUCUACAGUUUCGCCACCCUCUGGGUGAAGAAAUUUCUCCUCAUCUCGUUCUAAAGUGUUGUCCUUUCACUCUGAGAUGUGCCUCGGCCCUUAGUCUCCAACUAAUGGAAACACUCCCUCCCAUUCUUUUAAAUGCCCUUGAAUACAGACCCAGAGGCUUCAACUGCUCAUCAUAUGACUGCCAUUAAGGGAAAGCUGCAGGAACUUGGGGCUUAUGCAGAUGAAGAGCUACCCGAUUAUAUCAUGGUUAUGGUAGCCAACAAAAAGACCCAAGACCAGAUGGCAGAAGAUCUUGUUCUUUUUCUGGGAAAUAACACUGUCAAAUUUACUGCAUGGCUGCAUGGUGUCCUUGACAAACUACGUUCUGUUACAGUUGAACCCACCACUUUGAAACAGCAAUCAAAUUACUCCGAUUGUAAUCUGUUAUCAACGGAAAAAACUCAAGCAGCAGUUAGUGGAAGCAUUGAUCAAAACAACGAUGUUCGUAUUCUUGCUGUUUCUAGCACACUUUCUGAGAGAAAUGAUUCUCGUGUUUCUACCAGCUCAUUACAAGAACAGGCAGUGCCUGCUAUCAGAACACCUGUGGAAAGGAGCACACCUCAGUUAACGUCUGCAGUGAAGCCUUUGAUGGAGCUGGUCUCCUCUGAAGCAGUAAUUGAUAUCAAACCUGAACCAGAUGAUCUAAUAGAUGAGGAUCUUAACAUUUUACAGGAAUUUCCAUCAUCAUCUAAGAAGAAACCUGUGGUGCCAGUUAGCUACAAUGUGUCUCGUCCUUCACUUGAAGUCUUCAGACCAGAAGAAAAUGUUUUACAUCCAUGUAGGUCAACUGAGAAUAACAUUCAGUCAUUCAGGGUUCCUCAGAACAAUGUGCAACUGUGUAAAUUAGGAGAAGGAAACUUCUACGACUGUAGAUCAUUAGAAAACCCUGGCCAUGCUUACAGAUCAUAUGAAAGCAGCUUGGAAACUUCCAACAGAUUAUCAGAAAGUGAUGUACAGCUUUGUAGGCCAUCAAAGCCUCAUUCUGAUCGACCAAGUAGAGAUGAUGAGAAUUCCAGGAAGAGAAAGGCAGCAAUCAUCAGUUCUGUGGUUAAAGUAAGUAAAACUAGUGAUGGUGAGGAAGAUGAUGAUGAUUAUGGCACAAGAACAGGAAGUCUUCCCAGCAGUAUUUCUGUGCCAGCAAAGCCUGAAAGAAGGCCUACUUUACCACCUUCCAAGCAGGCCAAUAAGAAUCUAAUCCUAAAAGCUAUCACAGAAGCCCAGAAAUCUGUAAGCAAGACAACAAACUAUCCACCAGUAGUUUCUCAGAGACAGACCGUACCUGUGGCUCCUAGAACUCGAGCUGUAUGUGAAAGCAAUGAAAUUGAAGUGAUUAAUGUAGAAGACAAAUCAGAUCAACAUGGCAUACAACUGCAAAUUGAUAAAGCUGAACAGCCUGUACAAAAGCUUUACUUGAAGUCAAUAGAAGCAAGACCAGGUGGUGAUACUAGAUCAUUUAUCUUGAAGAAGCCUGUAUUGGAAGGAGUUGAACCCAAAUGCCAGGGAAAAGUUGCUGUUUAUAUUGAAGGUGUAUCAACAGAACAAGAUCGUGUGGUACAGGCCAAAGAUCAACGUGACUCUGAGGAAUCAAGUCCUAAAUUUAUUGUGACAUUGGAUGGCAUUCCAAGUCCUCCUGGAUAUAGCUCAGAACAAGAGGAGGAGACUGAAAUAAUGGAGCAAGGGGGCCUUUUGCAAGAGGCUGGAAGGAAAUACAGAUUGUCAAUGCAGAAUGCUGCUCAGUCAUUGAAGGAGUCUGAUGAAGAAAUUGAUGACCACAACUUUCGAGUAAAACGGCAGAAAGUUCUAGAGCGAUGCAAGUAUUGGCCUGCAUGUAAAAAUGGUGAUGAAUGUAUGUAUCAUCAUCCAGUAGCUUCAUGCAAAACAUUUCCAAAGUGUAAAUUUGGGGACAAGUGCCUGUUUAUUCAUCCAAAUUGCAAAUAUGACUCUAAGUGUAUUCGGUCAGACUGUCCAUACACACAUGCAAGCAAAAGGACUGCAGUACUACAAAAACAGUCAGCACCUGCAACAAGUCCAAGCAGUUCUUUGUGUCGAUUCUUUCCAGAUUGCAAAAAAGUGGAGUGCCCUUUUAUCCAUCCAAAGCCGUGUCGAUUCAACACCCACUGUAAGAGAGCUGACUGCACAUUCUACCAUCCUGCAGUUACAUUACCUCCUCGCCAUGCAUUAAAAUGGACCAGAUCUCAACAAAAUGGUGAAUGAUCGGUUUGGAUUGUGCUUGAUCGCAUAUUGUGGAUAUACAGCUGCAAAUAUUUGAAGAUGUAGCAUUUUACAAUUUUGUAUUCUUUUUGAAUAUUGUUUAACAUUGAAAAUCAAAAGAUUUUGAUGUUAAAAGUAACUUUCUCCCCAGUGUGAAUUGGCUUGAUUAUUUUUCCCAUGCAUAGAUGCAGCCUCACUAAGAUUAUUCAGUGGUGGGUUUUAAAGGUACAUUUUGUAACUUGUUUGUGCUGUUCUAGAGUUUUCUACUGGAUGAUGAAAUAUCUAAAGAGGAAAUGCCAUUGCCUGAUGUAACAUCCCUUUUGUUAACAAAAUUAUUCUACAGUAAAAAUUGAUUUAAGGCGCUUGUUUAAUGAA